AUGGCAUUUAAAAUUUGUGUCCUAUUAGCAUGCAUUGCUCUUGCCCGAGCUGGUCUUGUACCUUCUUUAGCUGAGUCUUUGCCUAAGAAAUCCGAUUUGGAUGAUCCUCAUCCCCAAUACACCUUUGGGUAUGAUGUUCAAGAUGCAGUUUCUGGAGACUCAAAAAAUCAAUACGAAACCCGUGAUGGAGAUUUAGUUCGUGGUCAAUACUCGUUAGUUGACGCUGACGGAUUUAGACGAAUUGUUGAUUAUACAGCUGAUCCAGAACACGGUUUCAAUGCCGUAGUUCGAAAGGAACCUUUAAGUGGUGCUGUUAAAGAGGCUGUUGCAACUCCACUUGCAAGGCAAGUUCAACCAGCUCCUGUUCCGUAUUCAGCUUUACCAGCGUUACAAAAAACACAACAAUCUCCACCUUUGUUCACUCCUGCUAGCAACGCAAUUGUUAAAACAACAUUCACCUCGCCAAUUUCUUCGUACACUUACUAA